AUGCAAACAACACGUUCAUUGGAUGAAAGCCGUCGUCGAAGUGGCGUCUUUUACGUAGGUCACGGACGACGUGAUAUCAUUCACUGCGGAUUGCGUUCAAUCACCUACACAUCUCGGGAUUAUUGGCGCCCUCAUUCGACCCAUUGUACCAGUUCACGACGAUUGAUUCCCAGUACAACAAAUGAUCAUACUCAUCAAAUUAACGAUAUUACCGGAGCAACUGGAAAUGUAAAUCAGUUUGCAGCUACCAUCGAAUCUCCGGAAAAUGUCAAUUCAUCUGCAAAUACAUCGAGUCAUAAAUCACAAGUAACACGAACAUUUCAUAAUGGAGCAUUACGUACUAACCGUACGUGGCGUGGUAACGUAAUAACACGUUCAGGAAAUCAUACGGCUUGUUCUGAAUCCAAUUCUCAAAGUUUAACAGAACAUGCUAUUAAUAACGAAAACGUACCUCAUGCAACUAAUAGUGCUAUAGUAUCACAUAUUACUAAUAAUGGAAUUUCAAAUCAAAGAAAAGGCAAACUUCCAAUCAUUUAUGUUGCACCAGCAGGGACCAUUUCAAUUUUGCUUGAUAAAGGUGUCGCCAUUGAGGUGGCCGUUGAUCGAGCUAUUCGAGUCCUUUGUCACGAUAAAUUUUCGGCAGUAUGCAAUGCUCGUGGUAGUAAUUCAUGCAUAUUGCAUAAAAAAGCUCGUAUCUUCCAGCAGGAUGAAAAAGUUUUUUGCAAUUUUGGAUCAUCCGUAUUAGCAAACGAGAAAGCAGCAGUAUUCGGUACACACGGUGUAUUAUUCACGAUGUCACAUCUUAGUGAAGCUUAUUUGGUAUCUUCAACAGUUGUUAAAGGGACCUUAUCCAUUUCCCUUGGACGUUUACAGUUCCCAAGUUUAGAUUAUGAUUUCACUGUACGCAUGUUUUUCACUGAAUCACAAAAUGGUGAUCAGUUCACAGAAUUAUGUAAUACAAUCGUACAGGAAGCUCGUUAUGGAACACGUGACGAUGGUACUCUCACGCUUACCAUUAACGGAGUUUACAUAAAGCAAGAUGAACGUGGUGACGUAGAGGUCAAUUGUCGUCCAAAGCAUAUUAGUUGCUCACCGUCUGAUGGUAUCAUACAUGUACGUACUAAUAUGGUUGAUAUGGCUGUUCAGCAAGAUGAUAAGGCAUUUGUGAAGAGAGGAUUGAAACGUGUCCAUGUGAGUCGUAGUGGAAUGGUUGUCUCCGAUGGUAAUUGCAUCACAUCAAUGGAUCAUUUUGGAAAUAUCGUCUCAUCAACAUGAACAAUAAUCAUUUAUUUGAUUAUUAUUGUUAUUAUCAUUAUCACUACUAUCACUAUCACUAUUAUAAUAACC